CGGAAGCGCUCAGUUUGUGUCUCGGCUGCAGCUUGCUGGUUCCUCCAUAGAGAACUGCGAAGAUGGCGGCGCUUCGGGUCGUGGCGCUCUCCGGGAGUGGGAGAGCUCUCCUCAUUACGGGGAAUCCUCUCAAGACUUCCAAGGCCAACAUGUCUUUCGCCAGUCUGUCGGGUAAGAAGAAGGUUGCCUUGACGACGCUGGGCGUGGUUGCCGGCGGCGGCGCGGGGCUCGCUCUGAUGCUCCACCAAUCGGUGAAGGCGUCUGAGCUGGAGCUCCACCCCCCAUCGUACCCCUGGAGCCACGCUGGGCCGCUGUCCUCCCUGGACCACGCCAGCAUUCGCCGUGGUUACCAGGUGUAUAAGCAGGUGUGCUCAGCCUGCCACAGCAUGGAGUACCUGGCCUUCAGGAACCUGGUGGGCGUGUCGCACACCGAGGACGAGGUCAAGACCAUCGCCGAAGAGGUGGAGGUGGUGGACGGCCCUGAUGAGAGCGGCGAGAUGUUCACCAGGCCAGGAAAGCUUUCGGACUAUUUCCCCAAGCCGUACCCGAACCCUGAGGCCGCCCGGGCCGCCAACAACGGGGCGCUGCCCCCCGACCUCAGCUACAUCGUCAACGCCAGCGCCCCCUACAGGCACGGUGGAGAGGACUACAUCUUCAGCCUGCUGACGGGUUACUGCGAGCCGCCUGCCGGCGUCUCGGUGAGAGAAGGGCUCUACUACAACCCCUACUUCCCCGGCCAGGCCAUCGGCAUGGCGCCGCCCAUCUACAACGAGAUCCUGGAGUACGAAGACGGAACCCCGGCCACCAUGAGCCAGGUGGCCAAAGAUGUUUGCACCUUCCUGAGGUGGGCGGCUGAGCCGGAGCACGACCAGCGCAAACGCAUGGGCCUGAAGGUAGGCAGGGGGCGGGGCUUAGGGCGGGGCUUCAGCCUCAUUGUGGCUUAUAAUAAUCUCAGGUAGAUUAUCUGAUAUUCC